UUCGCUCCUGGAAAUAUGCAAAUACAUGCUAGAGCGCGCCAAUAGGAUCUCGGUAGCUCGUGCUUGCCUCUCCCCUUCAAACUUGCUUGUUCUGCCCACUAUGAUUAAUUUGAUCCCAUUGGAAACGACAGGCUGUGGUCUAUCUUGGGUUAGUUAUCUUUGGAUAAAUUGCAAUAUGGCGACGCCCAUGCACAUAGUUAUUGCUCGUCGGCAAGCGGAGGCAAAUAAACAACAUGUUCGGUGUCAGAAAUGUUUGGAGUUUGGACACUGGACAUAUGAGUGCAUUGGUAAACGAAAAUACCUUCACAGGCCAUCAAGGACAACAGAAAUGAAAAAGAAACUGAAAGAAAAUGAAAAUAAACAGGUCAAUACCACAGGACCAGGAAAGGAGGACUCCAGUGAGAAAAAAAUUAAGAAGAAAAGGUCAAAGGAUUCAAGUGGUAGUAGCAGCAGUGAUUCUGACAGCUCUUCCAGUGACUCAUCGUCUGACAGUAGUGACUCCUCAAGCUCUUCGUCGGAUGACAGUGAUGACAGUUCUAGCUCCUCUUCCUCUAGCAGCUCAAGCAGCUCGGGUUCCGAUUCAUCUGAAGGCAGUGACUCGGAUCAAGGUCCUCCCAAGAAGAAAAAGAAGAAGAAAUGAAGACUGAGCUGUAUUGUGUUCCACCAUGACAUUAACCUGAGCUAAACUCUGAACCUGUAUCUGUUAAGGAGCUGUCUUAAAAAUGAUAUGGUGUAAAUUGUAAUCAACAAGCAGUGAGGCAUUUUGUAUUUAGCAUUUGUCAGAAUGUGUUUUCUCUCCCCUGCAUUAAACCCCCCUGUACAGUCAGUGGAAAGGUGUGGCCAUAUCUCAAGUUGGUCUCUCAACAAGUUAGGAAAUUAAUCUAGAUUAAAAUUGAGGAAUGCGUGUGCUUUUUACAUGCUGUAGUUCCUCACUUUCUACUAAUGUUUUUGAGUGACUCCAUACAUGUACAGCUAUGUGUCUACUGUUAUGACUUUUGCUACUGAAAGAUAUGUAAUAAAUAUUUUUGGGGUGGGGCUGCUGCAGCUGUGGACACAUUUACCCAUUCAUUUUUCUUUUCAUAUUCUUUCCAGUACGAUUCCAGAAACAUUACCAGCCCAGUAUAGCUUGGCUUUGGUUGUAGUGUGAAUUGUGAAGCGUGUUAUUGAUUUUGGCAUUCUUUUGAUAUGUUGUUAUUGACUGUUGAUAAACUGCCAUUUUAAGGA